GGGACGAUCAAAAGGAAUUUAUCCAGUGAGGAGAUCACGCGGCCCCGGCGCUCCACGCCCACGCCAGACCCCGCCAGCAGGAAACCCGGGGAGGACCCGGCGGCGCUGGCCCCGCUCUUCGGGCCCCCGCUGGAGUCAGCGUUCGAGGAGCACAAGCUGGAGGCCGCUCUGGACCAGCCUGAGAUAUGGGGGUCAGUCCAACCCGUCAACACAAACGUAGAGUCCCCAAAACUUCCGAGACCUUUUCCAACUGGAACCCCUCCGCCGCUCCCCCCGAAGAACAUCCCGGCCACGCCGCCGCGCACCGGCUCGCCCCUGCCCCUGGCCAUAGGAGGGGACCAGGCAGCAGCAGARCCCAAACGGGACAAACUCCCGUCCAUCAAUGACUUGGACAGCAUUUUUGGCCCCGUGCCGUCCCCCAAAUCUGCUGCUGCCGCCGCGGAAGACAAGUGGGUCAAUUUUUCCGAUCAAUCCCCGGAGAACGCGCCUCCGGAGCUGUCGCCCCGGGACAAAGCGCCGCCGUCGCCGCCUCCGCCGGUGCCCGCGGGCAGCCCGGGCAGCGCCCCGGCGGCGGCCGAGCAUCCCCGCCCGCUGCCCUCGCCGCUGCAGCUGGAAGACGCUCCCAAGAAGAUUCCCGAGCAGCCCCACCUUAAGGAUGAUUCCGCCGAGCCCGUCGCCUCUCCCAAAGAUUUGGGGCCGGGCCAAAGGGCCACCCCGCCGCCCCCUCCGCCGCCCACCUACCGCGCGGUGGUGUCAUCGCCCGGCCCGGGCGCCAGCACGGGAAGCGCCAGCGGUUCCUCGUCGCCGGCUCGCCCCGGAACGCCGCUGGCCACGUGUGGGACCCCCCCGCCGCCGCCACCCCGACCCCCGUCCCGACCCAAACUGCCCCCGGGCAAACCUCCCGUCAGCGAUGUGUCCAGGCCUUUUAGCCCUCCCAUCCACUCCUCCAGCCCUCCUCCGAUAGCACCUUUAGCCCGUGCUGAAAGUACUUCUUCCAUCUCUUCCACCAAUUCCCUGAGCGCAGCCACCACUCCCACCGUCGAGAAUGAACAGCCUUCCCUCGUUUGGUUUGACAGAGGAAAGUUUUAUUUGACUUUCGAAGGCUCAUCGCGGGGUCCCAGCCCCCUGACCAUGGGUGCCCAGGACACCCUGCCCGUGGCCGCCGCCUUCACCGAGACCGUCAACGCGUAUUUCAAAGGGGCCGACCCCAACAAGUGCAUCGUGAAGAUCACGGGGGAGAUGGUGCUGUCCUUCCCGGCGGGCAUCACCCGACACUUUGCCAACAACCCCGCUCCGGCCGUGCUCACCUUCCGUGUGCUCAACUACAACCGGCUGGAGCACGUCCUGCCAAACCCCCAGCUGCUCUGCUGUGACAGCGUGCAGAGCGACUCCAGCUCCAAGGAGUUCUGGGUCAACAUGCCAAACCUGAUGACUCACCUAAAGAAGGUAUCGGAACAGAAACCUCAAGCCACCUAUUACAAUGUGGAUAUGCUCAAAUACCAGGUAUCUGCCCAGGGUAUUCAGUCUACUCCAUUAAACCUUGCAGUGAGCUGGCGCUGUGACCCUGCAAGCACUGACCUGCGCAUCGACUACAAAUACAAUACUGAGGCAAUGACCACUCCGGUCGCUCUAAACAACGUCCAGUUCCUCGUCCCCGUCGACGGAGGAGUAACCAAACUUCAGGCUGUGCUUCCUCCUGCUGUCUGGAAUGCUGAACAGCAAAGGAUAUUGUGGAAGAUCCCUGAUAUCUCCCAGAAGUCAGAAAAUGGAGGCGUGGGCUCGCUGCUGGCCCGGUUCCAGCUGGCCGAAGGGCCGAGCUCGCCGGCCCCGCUGGCCGUGCAGUUCACCAGCGAGGGCAGCACCUUGUCCAGCUGUGACAUCGAGCUGGUGGGYGCUGGCUACCGCUUCUCCCUCAUCAAGAAGAGGUUUGCAGCAGGUAAAUAUUUGGCGGAUAACUGAUGGAAGCUUAUGCGAGUCUAUGGAAAAUACUAUGGAAAAUAUCCAAGGACUGCUGUGCGUGGAACGGGUUUUAAUUACRGUUUAAGGAAAAUGAACUAAAUCCUGCACUCGGGACAUUUCUGUUGGAAGUGUCGACAACUUUCAGCAUUUUUUUUUCCUUGGAAAACACCGUCUUGACCAGUCCUCCAGUAUUUACUUCUAGAUGUAACAUUGUUAAUGGUUUUAAAAUGUAAUUAUUGUAUUUGUAAAUUGUACUCAUUCCAGUAAGGCUGUAUUUUGGCAGUUAGACACUUGAGUUUUAGCAUUUUACCAUUCAUGAAAUGGAUGUAAUUCAAACUGUGGUAUAUAAAUCUAAUAGUAGUACUGUUGAAUGGCACAAUGCUUACAGAGGUAGAUUACAUUUUGUCAAUAUAUUCAAUUUAAAUACGAUACCGGUAGCUGUUACGAAGGGGGUGCCUCAUCAAAAGAGAGUUCAGGAGAACCCACAGGCUGAUUCCAUUUUCCCUCAGUCCUCAGUACGUCUCGCAGCGAUCAAUAAAAAGCUCGACCUUCAGGUUUAGAUGGUUUAACUCCAGAAAAAUAUUGUUGGAAAAGUGGAGGUUCCUAGGACAAUCUCCCAG